AUGAAUGAAACUGAUGAUUUUUUCAACGUCACAGGCGUUUCGAGGUGAGUUAAAUUUUUAUGGGGUAAAAAUGUUCUGAAAGGUUUUGCUGAAAGAAAAUAAACUAGACCAAGGUGAAGCCUAAGACUAGGCUAAACCUAAAUCAAGCCUAAGAUUUUACCUGAUUAUACCUAGGGUUUUCUCAAGCCUAAGCUUUGUUUUUGAAGCCUAAUGUAAGGCUAGGCCUAGAUUAGGCCCAGACUUAGCCUAACUUGUUUACCAAACCUACGUCUCAGUUCAAGUUAGACCAAAGUAUUUUGCUGCUGCUCAUAUUAUAAUACUUUUGAAUGAGAGUUAAUUAAAUAAUAAGUUUUUUGGAGAGCAAAUGCCGCGUGUGAAAAAAAUGUGUGAAACAAAAAGAAUUAUAAAUUUUUACCGUAGGAACGAGGAUCAAUUUUUCCCCUUCUCUUCCUUUUAUUUUUUCAAAAAAUUAACAAUUUCCUUUUUGCCCCCGGAACUUUCAACGUGCAUUUUUCAAUUUCCUGGAAAUAUAUAUUCAUGAUUUAUGUAUAUUUUGUUAUCCAACAACAGCAAAAAUCUAUGGAACUAAAUUGAUUUUUUGGGGUGUUAUUCAUAUUGGAAAAUUGGAAAAUAACACAUUUUUAUAUAGAUUUUUUUCAAAAAAAAAAUAAGGCUUACGUUAGGCUUGCGAGAAAAACUGGGACUAGACUUAGGCUUAACCUAGACCUAGUCUUUAGGAUUUCCGAAAAUAACUAGGAUUACAGUUAGGCUAACAUAAGAGAGAUUUUUGAUAUAGUAAAUAUAUUUUCCCCAUCAUUUUUCCGCCCACUUUUUUUUCUUUCCAUUCUACCAACCCAAGAUAUUUUUCAACUCAUAAAUCAUUUUUUUUCGUUGCUUCCUUCUCAAGAUUAUUUUUUUUCGUUCUCCUCAAAGUUUGUUAUUUUUAGAUAGAAAAAAGAAAAAGUUAGUUGAAAGAGAAUUUUAAUUUCGUUCCAAGACCUCACACACAAAUUAUUUUUUCCGUGUCGCUUUUUUUUUCGCCAAAACAUCUAAUAGUGGAUUUUUUUUUGAACAAAAAAGCGGAAGCUGGAUUUUUCAGCUGUUUUUGUUCAUUUCGUAGAACUCAGCAAAUUAAUAAAAAAAAUCCUGAAAAAUUUCAUGUUAGGAUCAGAAAUCCAAUUCGGCCACUAUUUUUCAGAAAAAUUCCUAAAAAUUGAAUUAUUGACCUUCGUGUUCCAAAAACAACAAACAUAAUUCAAUUUUCUGAAUCCACAUAUUUUUCCGAGUAUUUUUUUAUUAACCAGAGUGAGUUCGAAUAAUCACGGCUUUCUGUGGCCGAAUUUAUAUGGACUCUAUGGCCUUGAAUCCGACUCGGCUAUCAAAUUCCUGUUCGAAUUUUCACUCCACAAUUUAUUUAUUACGUCAGCACCUUUUUCGAAAAAGUGCCAAAAACAAGACCCGUCUUCCUUGACAGAAAAAUAAUAUUUAUUUCACAGAAAUUUCUGGGACCUCGAGUUCAUUAUUGACACAUUUCGAGUGCUUGCGCACUUUUUGUGAAUUUUGGUUGACAAAUAUUUUGAACACGUGUCUGGAAUUCUAGAAAUAAGAUGACCUUAAAAAGAGUCUAGAAGAUCUAAGUUGACGCAUUUUCUAUAGUUUCUAGAUUUUUUGGAGAAUUUUUGAUAGCUUCAAAUUUCACUGACACAUUUUCUGUAGUUUUAAGAUUCACUGACGCAUUUCGUGAAGCUUCCAGAAUUGUUGACGCUUUUCUUGUAUCUUCUGAACUAGCUGGCACAUUUAUUGUUUUUUGGACAGUGAAAGUUAGUCUAAGUUUAUCAGUUCAAUUAAGCCUGCGCCAACCUGCAAAAAAUCCUCUGAACUUUCAACUUCGAAACUACGUCAGAGCCCAUUUCAUUUUUAAAAAACAACCUCCUCUUUUUUCCCCCAAAAAUUUUCAUGAAAGAAGAUAGAGCAAAAAAUGGCUGAAUAUGACACAUUAUUUCUUUUGUUUUUCUCGAUGUUCGAUGUCUAAUUUUCGCGUCCCAAUAAUUGUGACAUUAAAAAUAUUUUCUAUUCUUUUUUUGCUCCUAUUUUGUUUGGGGUGAGGCCUAGGAUCUCGCGCGCACGAGAAAAUGUGUAUGUUUUUUGCCCUCCGGCUGUUUUUAGUUUUUUUUUCGAAUGAGUUUUUGGUGAUUUUCAGAUUUUUCGAACUUUCGUUCUCCACUUCCUCUUACUUAAAAAAUAAUGAAUGAAUGAAUAAGAAAAGUUUGUUUUAGUGGGCGAAAGAUUUUUUGAAGAACAAGGCCAAAAAUAAAUAAACAUUCAUAUGUUUCUUUUUUUCUCGACAAGCAUCAGAAAUCGCGAUUUUUGAAGCUGACGAGCCUAAAAUUAGGCUUAGGUUAAGCUAAGCCUAAGGCACGCAUCUUCUCAGUUUUUUUUUUUGAAACUUUGAUCUCAAGGAAUCAAAACACCUUUUUUUCCGAAUUAAAAAUCCUCUGGGAAUUUUGUGUACCCGGAAUUUCCUAUUCUGCUCUCAAUAAAAGAUUUAAUUUAUUCUAUUUAUUCGAAUAAAGAUAUAUUUUUUGCUCUGCAAUUUUUAUUGACUUUAGAAUACUACUAUUUCUUUUUCCUCUUCUUAUUCUAAUUUUGAAACUCGAAACCUUCUUGCGAAUUUGAAAUUAAACUUUGAGCCCAGACAUUUUUCAGUCUGUUAGUUUUUCUGAUUUUUUUUCUGAAAAAACCUUGUGACUUCCACCUGCAAAAUUUUCCAUAUAUUUUUAAUUAUUCAUAUUUGAACCCCUGGAGUUUGCUCAGACAUGGGAAUUUUGACGAAAUCAUUUUUUUUAUUUUUCGUGCUAUGUGGGAAAAAUUUUAGCAAAGAGUAAUAUAAACUACAUUUUUCCGCAUCAGCGAAACAGCAGAUUUUAAAAUUUCUGUGAAAGUGACGUCAUUUGAAUUUUUCAAUAUUAUUAGGAAAAUAAUUAUCUCGAGUUAUCCUAACUAAUUCACAACAAAGAUUUUGAUAAACUUCGAAGACAACACUACUUUAUCAAAUUGAUAAAUUGAAAUUUUUAAAAAACCAAAUAUUGAAACGUAUUUUUUUUCCCAUUAAUUCGAUGAAAUUUGAAACAGUUUGUGGUCAAAAUAUAUGUAUUUUGAAAACCUGAAGCUCCCAAGAUUUGUUGCUCUAAUCUUCCUUGGUUUUUUCUCCUAACAUAGAUCUUGACAAAGAAAACACACUUUCUUUUUUUCUAUUUUAAAUACCCUUCUGUCUCCUCCUUGCCUUAAACAUUUAUUGAAUAAUUCAUCGAAAAGUAAUCCGACUCUUCAGAUGUGUUGAAAAUAAUUGCUCUCUUCUCAUUCUCUCCUAAACUUGUUAGUGUUUUACUUGUCUCCAGACAUUUAUUCAAUCUUUGGCAAAAAAAAGUUCAAUAAAACAAAAAUGUUAUUGUUUUGAAUGUAAAUUUUGCUGACUUUUGAUCCUCUUUUCCAGCUAGUUUUGUGUUCGAAAAACUCGAUGUUGUUCGCAAAAAAGAGCACACAAAAGAUUGGAAAAUUGUUGGCAAUUCAAAAUUCGAUUUCACAUUUUUUUGUUGUUGAUAUUUUUUGAACAGGACAAGGACAAAGUGUGAAUAUUGUAAUUGUCAUUUUAUUUUUCGUCGAAUAUGUUUUUGAAAAUGAAAAUGAGCAAUACACAUAAUGCACUUUAUCUAUGUAUACAAAUCUAAUUACUAUUUAUUUAUUUUCAUUUAUUAUUUUUAGUCAACAAAAAUUAUAUUUUUUGUGUUCCAGCAAUAUGUCAUCAUUGGAUCAUGCAGAAACAUCACUCCAAUGUUCACUUCGAUUAUCAACCGAACAUUUUGUUCUAAUCUUCACAUUUUGCACAAUUUUUCUGCUUUCGGUUAUUGGAAAUUCACUGGUUUUAUUGGUUAUUUUAAAAGUGAGCAUUUUUUUAAAAAUUUUAUUCUCAAAAAAUCUGGGGAAUUUUUAAAUAGUAAAUUACAUGCCGUGCACUUUCAACAUGUAGACAUUUUUCUUCAAAGAAAUUCAAAACAAAAAUAUUUUUCCCAUGAACUUUUUUUUUUCAUUAAACAAAAUGUGUUUUUCUCAUUUUGUCAAAAACAGAGUGCACUUUUUUCUUGAAAUGUCUCUGAAAAGGGACUCACUCAUCAAAAAAACACAAAUAGGGAUGAAUAAUUUAUAUACAAUUUUUUCUUAACUUCUGAUGUGAUCUAGAAACAAAACGAACUUUAGGUUCAAAAAACAAGCUAAUUUUAAAAAAAAUUUUGGUUCACAAGGGUCUCUUUAGAAUUAUAAUAUGACUGAAUUUUCAGCAACGAACAAUGCGAUCAAUAACAAAUAUAUAUUUGAUGAAUUUGGCAGCAAGUGAUAUGAUGUUAUCCGUUGUUUGUAUGCCACCCACUUUGAUCUCAAUGAUUAUGAAUUGUUGGGUAUUCGGCGCGUAUAUGUGUAAAGUUUUUGCCUAUCUACAGCGUGAGUCAAAUUUUUGAAAAAAUGGGGAUUUCUUGCAGUUUUUGAAAUUUUUGAUACAAUUUUACAGUAGAGAUCUUUUUAAUACAUAAAAAUAUUUUCAGCUGUGGUUGUAACUGCCUCUGCCUAUACAUUAGCAGUAAUCGCAUUUGAAAGGUAUUAUGCAAUCUGUAAACCUUUACAUUCUCGAAUUUGGCAAACAAGAUCGCAUGCUUACGCAAUGAUAACUCUUGUUUGGGUUGUCGCAAUCACUGCGAAUGGUGCAAUGUUAUUUAUGUAUGAACAAGCUCAACUCAAUGAACGAGCUUUUACAUGUGCACCAAUUUUUUCGCAGAUUUAUAUUUUUAUCAAUCAGGUGAGUUAUCUUUUUUUCUAAUUACUCAGAGAAUAAGAACGGAAGACCAGUGGAGAGUUUUCGGAGUUCCGGCGGAGAGAACCUGGAAUUCCAUUCUACCACCGCUGGAAGUCCCAAAACUCUCCGCCGGAAGUCCGAAAACUCUCCGCCGGAGCUCCGGGAGGCAAAAUUUUCAAAAUUAAAAAGGAAAAUAUGAGGUUGCUGGGGCUUCUAUCUGAAGCUGUUUUUGUCAUCUGGAACCUAUUUGAAGCAUCUGAAACUGAUUUAUGAUAAGUCGGUUUGAUUUUGAAGUUGUCUGUUUUGAUCUGCCACUAGCGGGGAUCGAACCUGGCUAUUGAGGGCGGAUCAAUAGGCAGCCAUUCACCCAAUUACACCAUCCACGCGCAUAGAAACACCAGCGGCUAUUGGUGUUUAUAUAAUUAGUAUCAGCCGAAUUUGUAUAUGUUAGUACUUUUGACCCAUAAAUUAGCUAUUUAAGGAUUAGAAUUAAUCAUUUGAAAGUUGUUUCAUAUGAGAUUUAUCUAGUUUUCCAAAUAUUUCUUGAAAAACAUAGAAAAAUGAUGUUUUUAACUCCAGAGAGUCAAAAUUGAACAUUUUAAUCAUAAGUUUUUUGAUUCAAAAAUGUUCGUAAAAUAGUGCUGAAAUUUCAAUUUUCGAAACAUGUGUUUAUAAUUUUUACUUGAAAAGUAACGAAAAAUUUUCUCAGGCUGAUUUAAAUUUUCUAAUUCAUGAAUACUUUAGGAAAAGAGAUGAUACUACUUCCUGAACCGGUAUUCAAAUGUUUCCGUGAAAUUAUAGAAAAAAUUAUGAUUAUAUUGAAUUCAGAAUCUAAUUUUUAUCAAUAGCUUUGAUGUGAGACAUUCAAACAAUAGAAAUUACAGUGCAACUUUUUUUCUGUCAGAAACGAGUAAGUUUAGUUCGUAAAAUCAUAAUGAGGCAACUGUUUUCCAGUCUUUGAAGUUGGGAGGAACUUCAUGAAAUUAACAAACUAAAACUUUUCUAAUAUUCAUUUUUCCGUUUACAUUUCGGUCGUCUAAUCAAAAAGUUUGUUCCUCAACGUCUAACCGAAAACCUAAUGGAAAAAACAUGAAAAUCGAAGUUUCAACUCAAAAGUCAAAAGUUCACUUCUUCUCUCCGCCGUAGUCUUUCUGGACACAAUUGGUAACUCCGCCGGAGAGAAUUCUCCGCUGGAAUUCCAAAAAAAGCCGAAAUCUCAUUCCGGAACUCCAGCGGACAAUGUUCUCCACUGGUUUUCCAAGUUUUGGAGUCCGUUUUUGUCGUUCUGGCAAAAAAACAAAUCUGGAAGUCCGCCGGAGAGAUCUCUCCGACGGGAUUCCGAAAUUCGCUAUUUCGGGACUCCAGCGGAGGACUUUGUCCACUGGACUUCCGUUGUUAUUCUCUGAGUUCCCUGAUUCCAUUUAUUUUUUUUUCAGUGCUAUAUCACAGUGGUUCUUUUAAUAGUUCCAUUGUUUAUUAUGACAUUCUUAUACGGAAAUGUGAUUCGAAGUUUAAAAACUGGUAUAAAAUUGGAGAUCACUUCAGUCGUUGAACCAACUCCAUCAAAUGGAAUUGCAGCAGCAACAGGUCCUCUUAAACAAUCUCAUUCUUCCCAUAAUCUUGACAGCAUUCUUGUUGGAAGUUCAACAUUGGCUCGAGCCACAUCGUGUAUUGCUCUUUUUCCACCACCUCCACCUCCAGCUGCAUCUUCAGUUUCUACACCAUUCUUAACACCAACUUCAAUUGAUGACUACAAACUUCAAGAACAACGUCGUCGUUCUAGUGGUGCUGUGCUUUUACCUCCUUCAGGUGUUUUUGUGUUUUUAAUUUAUUUUGAAUUUUUUUGAUUUACCCCCAGUAUGAGUGAUGUUAUCAACCCUGCUACCAAAAAGUGUGUGUAACGUUUUUUCUUUUUAAUAAUUUAAUUUCGUUCGUUUUUUGACAGUCAAUUUGGUUUAAAUCUAUAAGUUCAGUGAAGUUAAGAGACCCUGGGACCCGUCCUUUAAAAGCUUCUGAUAAUUUUCAAAUUUAUAUUUUUUUAGCUGUUGUCACAUCUGCACUUCCCGAUUCGAAAUUAACGAUCUGGCAAAAGUUAACAAAUAAAUUGGCCUAUCAGCCAGAUAAGGGUGCAAAUUUGGAGGUUAAUAUGAGUCAUCGGAAAAGUGAGGCGUCGAUUUGUUUGGAGAAUCCAAGUUUGCGAUCGACGCAUAAUCAAAAAAGUGCGAUGGCAAAGCAAAGAGUUAUCAAGUAAGUAUCAGAGAAGAUGUAGAUGUUGAAAUGAGAUUGGGAAUCUGAAAUAGUAAAUCUCUAGAAUUAUUUUUCUACAAAAAUCACUGAUUAAAAAAACAUUAAUUUCAAAAGUAUCUAGCUUUUGACGUAUGAAUCUCCCCAGUUUCGAAAACUAAUUGUAAGUAGAACCAACCCCAACCCCAAUUUCACAACAUAUUUUUGCAGAAUGUUAAUCGUAGUUGUGAUAAUAUUCUUUUGCUGUUGGACACCAUCUUAUAUUUAUUGGUUAUGUCUUAUAACAACAGACACAUUCCAAAGUCUGCGAAUGGAUAUUUGGAAUGAUCGAUUGAAUACCGUAUUCACAAUGCUGAACUAUGUUUCAUCUUGCACAAAUCCAAUCACAUAUUGCUUUUUGAAUAAGAAAUUCAGAAAUGCAGUUUAUGCGACUUUUGGAAUUCGAAAAAAGAAUAUGAGAAAUCAUUUUCAAAAGGUUUGCACUUUCUUUUCAAUUUUAUUCUGAAACUUUUUAAAUUUUAUUAAAAGCCCGUGUUUGUGAUUUGCCUAACUUGCAACAUAUUCAGUUGUUUUUCUGUUCAGGUUUAUAUUCCGGUCAAUGGUGGUCCAGCAAAUGGAAAAUCAUCGAAUGAUAAACCAAUGAUUAAUAGGUUUGUAUUUUUUAUUUGAUCUGAUUAAAAAUAAUUUUGUUGGCUUUCUUUUCUGAAAAAUGAUUUUUCCAACUUCAGCAGCUCACGAUCUGAAAGUGAUUGGUCAAAGGUAAAAUAAAUAUUAGAUGUUUUCACAUUUUCACACUCACAACUCGUAAAUCUCAAUCCCUAACCCCACUUCUUUUCUUACUUAACACCACUCACACAUUGUAGAUUAUCCUUAUGAAUCUUAGAUUUGAAAAAUAUAUUUUUUGAUUUAGGUCGGUCUCGUCGACUUACAUUCAACAACAUCAAGUCGUUUCUAACGAUCCGGUUACGGUCACAAAAAAUGGUACAAGAACUCCGGUGAUUUCUAGAACUGUGAGUUUUUUUUUUCUGAAUUUUGAUAAGGGUAAUUUUGGGAACAUUUAUGUUAGGAAUUUCAUUCUGGGGUCAAAAAAUCACUGCAAAGAAAAAAUAGUUAAACAAUGAUUCAAAUUUCAGACAAAAAAUGGUACGAGAACUCCGGUGAUUUCUAGAACUGUGAGUUUUUUUUUUGAAUUUUGAUAAGGGUAAUUUUGGGAACACUUAUGUUAGGAAUUUCAAGGGGUCAAAAAAUCACUGUGAAGAAGAAAUAGGUGAAACAAUGAUUCAAAUUUCAGACAAAAAAUGGUACGAGAACUCCAGUGAUUUCUAGAACUGUAAGUUUUUGGGUAACUAUUUUGGAAAUAUUCAGGAGUUUGAAAACAAUUUGACGAUACUUUAGAUCUGAAAAAUAAAGUGUUGUUUAAAUUCAAAAUUAGUUCUCUAGCUGGGAUCAAAAUUACCGUAUUAAAAUUUGAAUUCCAACUGUGGUACAGUAUUAAGGCUCAAUAUUACUGUACUCAAAUAUUGAUUCUAGAUGAGAUACGGUAUCUAUUUGUUUUCCGAAAAGUUACGACUGUAAUUCUUGGAAUUUCUCACUGUUUUUCUCAUUUUCCAAAUUGUAAAUGUUUUCAAAAAAAGGUGCCUUUAUUAACCCCACAAUUCUCCAAAAACUGAUAAAUUGAAUUCCAGGUUCAUGCUAGUCUCAUCCAUCAUAAUAAUCGAAUCAAAUCAGCCGAUGUUUAUUGA